AUGCCCCCGAAAAAGGGGGCCAACGAUCAACCCUCCACCAAGGGUGGAGCUGGGAAGGGGAAGGAUCGCACCGAGGCUCAGAUCACGCGUGUCGAUUUUGGCCUGCCGUCCUCCAUGGUUCAGACGUUGCAAUCAAUUUCGUCGAGAGCCACACAGGACCUUUGGGGACAAGGAUCCUUUACGACAGAUGGUGCAACAGUGGAACAGUUGGCACAGCGAACAGCCAACACCCUGGGCCGCCUUUCCAAAAGACUCAAUGGCAACAUGCGUGCCAAGAAGGACCUACAGGAUGCGCUGACAGCUUGGGUUUCCAUGCUCAGCCAACAGUUGUUGGGCCUGACGCAUCGAGUGGAUGCCCUGUCUCGCAAGGUGGACGAGGACACAAUCGCAGCAGUCGAGGAGCUCCGUCAUGUCUCGGCAGCACAACCGUCUGCAACCACCAACGAGCAGCUGGCGAGAGCGGAACAGUCCUUGGGCCCUGUCUGGACGGAUCCGCAGGUACAGGUCAAGGCGUUUGCUACUACGAACCCUUCAUCGCUGGACAUGCAUCCUGGCCCUGGAGGCUCCGUGGCUCUUGUGCCACGUGGCACCCUUGGGGCUCCCCUGCAGCCGGCCACUGCUAUGUCUGCAACUUUGAUGCCACCGGCGUCGGAGAGUCGGAGGCGCGCAGUGGCAGAUGGCGGCGUCGAGCGGCCCUCCAAGAGCCCCCGGCGCGAUCUGCCAGGGCCUCCAUGGCCACGGGAAUCUACAAGCCGCAAAUUGGAGGCACCUCAGCGAGCUCCGGUCACUGUGGUGGCAGACGAAGGCCCCGAGCUCCUCCCUGGGGCGUUGGCUGCAUCUGCUGGUCCUUGGGUGGAGGCUUGGAUGGCCAUGCUCCGUUUCUGUGUCGACAGUGGCUCCGACAUGGUGGGCGAUGUGGCACAGUGCCCUCAGCAAGACGCCUGCCUGCCGCUUACUUUGGACGCACAAGCACAGGAAGCGACUCUGCAGACUGCAGAGUCCACGUGGAUGGCCUUGGUGAAUGCAGUCAGCGAACCCACCCAGGCGGACCUUCAGGAGCUACAUCGACUCCUGCAAACGGCUUUGCACUGCUUGCGGAAGUGCACGGACGUCUUGCCGCGGGUCCGGCAAGGACUUCUGGUUGCCAGCUUGCUGACCACAGGAGGCCUGCUGGAUCCCUUUUCAUUUGCACCCUCUACGGCCCAGGAAUGGCUGUUCCCCAGCCUCUUGCUGGAGGCCGAGGUGCAAUUGCGCGGCUUCAUCGCUCGGGAUGCCUCACAGGACCCACGUGUUCAAGUCCUACUGCGCCUGCCUUCCCCGUUCCUUGGUGCAGCGCUGGCCGAGGAACUGGACAAAGAACUCGAAUGA